UUUUAAAAAAACCAUAGACUUAUUCACAUCUUAGAUGUAGUGUAGUGUUGAGUGGUCAAGUUUUUAGUGCGCACGCUUUUUUUUGGAUUAGCAUUAUGUUGAAGCAACAGAUAAUUGUUGCGACACUAUGCCUGCUGGCAUUGCAACAAGUUACUGCUGUUGUGAACAGCGGAUCAUCGAAACCAGAGGACAAGGCGAAGGUCAAUAGUGUAGAAAGUUCUGAAUCGGCCAACGAUUCAGCAAGUUCAAAUGGCGUCUCGGAUUCAGCAGCGGCAGGCACCGAAGAAAAGGCAAACAGAAGGGAAGCUUCGCUAGGUUUGACCGACAGUUAUGGGGCACCACUUCCCAGUGACACCUAUUUACCCACAGGCCCAAGCAACGUUAACUUGCCAGUUCCUGUCUACGGUGUACCCAAUGCACCCUCCAAUAAUAUCGUUUACCCUGCUCCACCACCAGAUAUACCUCCACCGGUGGCUUUACCUUUGCAAACUUAUGGAGUGCCAAAGCCAGUUUUGAACAUCCCCAUCGGCAACAAUUAUGAACCACCACCGGCGUCUAAUUUCAUAACACCACCUGCUACAGGUCUCCUCAACUCCUACGGCCCACCCUCUCUGACUUACGGAUUACCCCACGCCACCCCACCGAAGCUUUUCAACCCCAGGGGUCACAAACCCUCUCACGCCUACGGCCCUCCUAAACCCGUCUAUGGGGCACCUUCCAAACCUUUGUUCCACCCCAAGAAACACUUCCCGAAAGGCAACUACAGGCCCAAGCCGUUCUACGGCCCACCAUCAACCGUCAGCUUCCCAUCCAAGCUCAAAAUCAACAACGGCAACUUCUUGUCCGGCGGCUUCGCCCACGCAUCUUUCGGCCACUCCAGUCACAGCAGUCACGGCAGCCACGGCAGUCACGGUGGCCACGGCCACUCAAUCUCAGCCCAAUACGGCGCCCCACUUGACACAUCCCUCUUAAACGUAGGCUUCGGCUCCCUAGGCUUCGGCUCCUCCGGCGCCGGACACGGCCUUUCCUCUCAGUUCGGCGCCUCCGGUUCCGGCCAUGGUCUUUCCUCCCAGUUCGGCACCUCCGGCUCCGGCCACGGUCUUUCCUCCCAAUUCGGCGCCUCCGGCUCCGGCCACGGACUCUCCUCCCAAUUCGCCACCUCCAGCCACGGCUUCGGCUCAUCGAAUCUCGCCAUUUCCAGCCAGUUCGGCUCCUUCGGCUCGGGCCACUCCAUCUCCACCCAAUACGGAGUACCUGACGCAGGCCACGGCGUUUCCACCCAAUACGGCGCACCACCAGACGUCAGCUUGCAGGGACCCAUCCACACGAGCGCCCAUUACGGACCACCGCAGCCGUCGCCCAACCCUAAACCACCGCACCCGGGCGCACCGGCUCCACCAACACCUCCAGAAAUCAAGUACGACGGCUGGCAACCAAUCCCCGGAUUAGUUUCUAGAAGACCUACCGACUCCUACGGGGUGCCGCCGUCCGACAACCACGUGGCCGGUGACCUGAGCUACAACAACGACCUGAGCCCACCACCACUCGGACACGACGUUUCAGGACACGGUGUGUCCGGCCACGCCAUUUCAGGAGCCGGAGCCAGCAUUGCCCAAGACAUUUCCAUAACUUCCGGAGGUCACGACUCAUCUGCGGGACACGACAUCGCCUCUUUAGCUUUAAGUAGCAGUUACAACAAGGGUCAAGCCAUCAGUGAUUCCUAUGGGGCUCCAUUAAACACCGUAACUGGCUCAGGCGGAAUUGUAAGUUCAUCCGGUGAGGAAAUUAAUGGCGGCUCCAACGCCCAAGAAAUCCACCACCAGCAGCACGACACAUCCGGUGCCCUAGCCCUAGGGUUGUCUGGAUUAAACCUUGGACAGGACACACAAAUUAACACCAUCAAGAGCAUUGGAUAUGAAAUCUUCCCCAACGGAAACAGUAUUGGUGCCUCAGGCGCCGGAGUAGCUUCAGGAGUUUCGGGCAGCGGUUAUUCGAUUUCUGACAGCUAUGGAGCCCCACCACUAAAUUCCUAUGCCCCAAGUGGCCCUUACGCCGCAGCUCAUUCAUACACCAACCAGGGAUCGUCGUUCGGAUCAUCCCAGAGCUUCCACAGUUCCCACGUAUCCCAUUCUCAUUCUCAUGGAUCGCACAACUCUCACGGAUCACACAGCUACCACGGAUCACAUGGACACGGACAUGGCUCCCAUGGACACCACGGUUCCCACAGAGGUUACAAAGGGUUGUCACUGUCUUCCUCAGGAAUUGGACUGAUUCCUCCAAGUGGUGUUUAUGGGGCACCCAAUGGUCAGUACGGUACUCCUCUCUACUCGGCACCCAAACAACCAAUUUCGUUUGGAAGCUCCGCUCAAGGAAGUUUGUUCCAAAGUAUUGGCUCUCAAGGUGGACUAGACAUUAGUCACAGUUCAGGGUCGACUUAUUUACCACCUGCUAAUAUAGCCAAACCACCAGAACCAUCGACUUUAUACAGUUUGCCAGCAGAACAUUCAUCAAUUUCCUUCCAAAAUGUAGCUCAUGGCUCAUCAACAUCUGGGCUUAGCAGUUUUAAUACUGGAUUACAUAUUGAAGACGCACAAGCUCAGGCUUUAACUAGCUAUAAUGCUCCAUUAGGAACUGUUGAUGGAUCGUACUCCGCAACUUCCGGCAGCCAAGGUGGAGUUGUGGUGGGAUUGGAUCACUCCCAUCCAACUUUGAAUAUUGACUUGACUGGUGGACUACUUCAAGGCAAUAACUAUCAAUCCAGCAGCUAUGCCGUUCAAAACCUACAAACCUCAAUACCUCACGAUUGUAGCUUGCACAGUUCCCAACCUCUACCAUCAUUAUCAUACGGAGUACCAUCAGCCAAUAGUUACACAGCAGCUUUGUCCUCAUUGACAACGAACAUUGGCGGCUCCUACAACCAGCAGGCUAAUUCCGUAGUAGUCCCACACUCAACUUACGGAGUACCAGAUUUGAACGCCGCCCACAGCCAGAAAACUGAAACCAGAGCCAACACCAUUGAAACUGACGACAAAGAAGUCAACGAAUACGGCAAAUCAGUAGCCGAAAGCUUCGGCCCAAACAGUGAACUAAUCAAAUCCCAAAGCAUCGACCUCAACAACAUCCCCCUGCAAGGCAACCUAGGAACUUACACCCUUCAAAUUCAAUCAUCCGACGGAACACCAGGCCCCCAACAAGUCUCCCACGCUCAGGUACUGAACGAAGGUCUACUCCAGUCGAUUUUGGCCGCAAUUGAACAACCCCAGCAAAACGGAGCAGCUGGAGGAGUUGCUGGCCAAUCAGUCAUACAGUUACCACCUCAGCAAUUCUUACCGGCCAACCAGUCUUUGGACGUAAGACACGCGGGUGGGUUCGCGGACGCCGAACCCGCAGCCGCCUCCUCCGAACCGGUGGUCCAGACCGCCGAGAACAAAGAAGACGCCGAGGUCUCCGAGAGUCAGAACGAAGAGGUGAAAGAUGACGGCUUAAGUAUAUUGGACGAUAACGACAUCGCGUUGUACUACAGCAACGACGACAGGUACAAGAAGCAGACGGAAGGCGAAGGCAACGCUGGGGAGAACAAGUCAACGGAAGAAAAGGAAGUUAUUACUAAUGGACAUUAAAUAAGCAGUUAGUGAUGUGUUGCUCAAAGACUUUGUUACGUACAAGAGACUUUUUAUUUAUAUUGAAACGCUUAACUUUUGUUUAUUUAUGACGAGAUUUGUUGUUAAAGAAGGAUUAUUUAUUUACUAAACGAAUAUUUAAUAUUUAUAAGUGUAAAUUUUUUUAGAAAAAAAUAAAUACAAUAAUUGUA